CUUAAAACUGAUGCUUGUGUUAAAAAUGUAAUUUAUAUUUAUGUUAUAUUCCUAAAAAAAUUGUAUAUUUUAGGAAGUAUAUAAACAAUUAGGUAGUUCUUCAGUCUAAAGCUUUUUUAUUAGAAAAUAGUAAUGUUUGCUCAUGUUGUCUCAAUUCCACUACUUGUUGACCAGCACUUGCACACCUGCUUAACACCAUCCUGACUUGUGCUUGACAGGACAACCACGGAGUAGAAUGGUCUGACUUCCAGCACAGUAGGCAUACCACUACGAAUACUACACAACUGUCUAAGAGAGUAUCGCUCACAUAUCGCAUUACAGGGCCGGUGAAGAAUACGUGCUUCCCAGCCUGUCUCAAAUGUCUUAGGUUCCUCAUUGUUUGUUUUCGUUGCGUCACUGUGACGCGCACUCCUGUCAACUACUGGGUUCGCAAUGGCAGUUUCUAACUACAGUUGAAUAUAACGACUUCAAAGGCAUACAAGGGCAGUUUUGCACAGGCAAACAAACCAUACUUUUGGUAUUUUAGCAGGCUCGACGAAUGCCCACUGGGCGAGAAAUGGAUGUUAAGGACAGUGAAAGAACUGUGUUCCUAGAGGCUGUGCAGGACAAGUCGCAUAAUCCACUCCUACAGAUGCAAUCGGACCAGCAAGGGCUACUUGUUGCUGAAGUUUUCUCUCAUGUGGGCGGAGGCGAGCUUCAGAAGGAUAGCGAACAUCAAGGAGCACCUUUCUGCAGUCCCGUGAAGGAGGAGGAGGAGGUGGAAGAUGAGGAGGAGGACGACGACCCUUCAGGGGCAAACCGCCGUAGAGCCCGAUCUCUACCCGCCGACCUUUUCCAAGACCUCAAACAUGCCAGCUGCUGCAGGAAAAGAGUGCAGUUUGCUGACAUGGUUGGACUCGACUUGGCUAGUGUGAAACACUUCAGCUAUAGUGAGGACCCCUGUGUCCCCUCUGACGUCUUCUCCAGGCUUCAGCGGAGCUGCUCGGUGGAGUUUGACAACUUGGACCAUCUGUGCGAAAAAUUUGCGUCCUGCUUAAAUGCACAGUGCUGGACACCUGAUUUUGCACAACCCGGGGAUGCGAAUUCUUUCUUAAAGCGGGUUCAAGAUAAUAAAGUAUGUUUGGAGCGGGUAACCAGCUCCACUUGUGGUGAGAUCAGAGGUGUAGUCAGGGUACUGGACUUCAGCUCUGAAAAGAUGGUGACAGUGCGGUAUACGUUCAACAACUGGGCUACAUUUCUGGAUUCCCCUGCUGUUUAUGUGGUCCCCAGACCACAAGAGGUUGUAGCCACCUCUGCCGAUGGUGGAAUGGAUCAGUUUGCAUUUUUCCUGGCUUUACCCCCAUUUUUGGAAAAAGGAUCUUCUGUCUGCUUUGCUGUCUGCUACAAGUCAGAUAGUGGAGAGUACUGGGACAACAACAUGGGCCAAAACUACAUCAUGAGAUACUAGAGAACUUGCGCUCUGAAUUCUUCCUUGGAACAGCGUUUAGUGUAGGAUUACUACGCUGACAGUAACACUUACACGGCUUUUGCCCCCCCCACACACACACACACACACACGGCAACUGGCUGCCGAGGUUCACAAAAGAGCCUCAGUUUUCUUGCAAUGGGCAGCGUGCUUCCACUAUGAAGAAAUACUGGGGGUAACAAUUUUCAUGUUUGCUGUUAAAACAACCCUUGACUCUAAAGAAUGGAUGCACUUAGGUGCAUUAAAAGUGCAUAUGAUAAUAAAUGAGUUUUUUUUUUCAAAAAUGUUUGCUUUCCUUGAACCACUUCACACACAUUCUCCAAAUGUGAGCCUGUACCUGACAGUAUUAGCAUACCAGGUGGAGAAAAACAUGUUAGCAAGUACCAGUUUGACCUUUUCUGAUGUGCAGUAAAGUUUGGGGGAUGAGUAGAAGUAAAUAUUGGGCACAGAAAUUGAGCCACGAAACUAGCAUAACUAGAGGGUCUGCCAGACUGCCCAAUUAUGAGGAGAAGCAGGAACCCUAUUAAACAUUCUUGAAGUAAAGAGUUCACGUGGUUAUGGUAGUUGUUGAGGGAAUUUGGGCUACAUGCACAUCUUCCAUUUUCAACUGACAAACAAAACUGUCUAAAAUAAGAACAGGUUAGCCCUUUCCCCAAACAAAAUGUUAUUCUAAAUCAACAAAUAGUGAGUAUUUUAAGGGAGAAAGAAACAUCAGUUCAGCAUUGCAUUGCUAAAAGAUGAUAAAACAGCCUAUCAACAUUUAUAUUUAAACUGACCCUGUUACAUAUUUUAUUAAAAUACUUGAUACACAGCAUUUAUCACUUUACUUGAAAGUAUUUUAUUAAAUUUUGUCUGCUUUGUCACUAUUCUGCCACAAGUAAGAUGUGUUUGAUCCCAUCACCCAAGGGAUCCCUGCUUGAAUUUUUGCUGCUUGGUAAUAGUUGUACCAGUUUUUUUUUUUUAUAAUUCAUACACACACUGUCUUACAACUGCACCUUUUCAGAGAAGUAUGCAUCGCAGUGCAAAGUUUUGAUGUCACCUUUCUUUUGUGUAUAAAAUAUUGUUUCCUUGUCUUGUGUUUUUGACUUCAUAUCCCACAUUUGAAAGGGAUUAGUUUUGCAUAUUCUGUAAAAAAAGCCAGUAUGAGAUACUUUAAUGUAUAUGUUGUUGAACACUAUAAAUUCCGUUUAAAGUGAACCUCAGCAGAAGGGCAGGUUCUUAGUAACUUAAACAUUUGAAAUGUUUUGCCUUUAGAAGGUACUUUCCCUUGAUUUCUACAACAGGUAGGGAAAAAUGUUUGACCAUGGGUGCAGCAGGUGAAGGAGGGGGCAGUAAUAAAUCUGAUAAAUAUUAAGCUGUGAAGGUGAAGAAAGGGUAUACAGCAGAAGGGUCCAAGUUGCAUCUCUGGGAGCCAUAUUCAAUCACUAUCACUGAAAAGCCAUAGUAUGAGAGAAAAAGGAAUUGCAAACACAUUUUCUUCCAACAGAAAAGCAGUAGAUGAAUGUAGUAGCCAUUGGAUAUCUAACUUGACUGCAGCCGUGGGAGCAUUAGUUAAUGGAAGAAUAUGACUGCUGUUUUAUUGGAAAUUCUGUGGACUUAUUUGAGAAAGGGACAUGUGGAAGAGGGCAUGGUUAUUCUUUUUCUAGUACCAGAUUAACAAUUCCACUGUCUUCUUCUGUAAAUAACAAUGUCAGCAGUUUCUACAAUAUGUACUUAUUAAAUACCAGUCACUUGUGAACAGGUGUAUGCUGUGUUUUAUGACCUACUCUGAUCAGCACACAUAAGCUUCUGCUGCUAUGUUUAAUUAUCCAGACCAUUGCCUUGUCUUAGGCUUUAACAUCUCCACCAACCACUUUUAUGACACACUUGCUCUAUUACCUUACAGGUGAAGCAGAAACUGAAAUGAGAAGUACAGUACAUAAAGUUGCUACUAUCCAGCAAGUUACUGGAGUGUAGUCACUCCAGACCUGUAAACUGUCCAUAUUGAAGGAACAUUCCUAUUUUCUGGCCUGGUUUACUCCCUGCACAUGGUGUACCUUUUUAUGGAGGCGUGUCUAUAUUCUAAGGCUUGUUUUGUUCCUUCACACAAUUUUCUGAGUUUCCUCAACACAUAUGAUUUUUCAAAUUGUGUAGUAUACAGAAAGACACACUACAUGACCAAUAUACUAGUGGCACCAAUAACUUAAGGAAAAAAAUGCACACAUCUUGUAUCUUUUUUCACGAGUAAAAGUAAAUGACAUUAUGUGGCAGAAAUUUGCAGUACUGUGUAUUAAAGUCUACAGAUUUCUUUUUUAUAAUGUGCUCAUAUUUUUCCAUCAUUUUGUCACUCUGUUUUUUGAAUAAUUUUUUUGAGUAAUAUCUCACAUUCCUAAUGAAAACAGGAAGUGUUAUGUAUUAUUUGUUAUUUAAACUGUAUGCUAAUUAGAUGUCCAGAUUUUUUGGGCUGAGCGUAUCUACUUUUCAAGGAUCUUCAUUUCUGUUUCCAAUGUCUGCCUUUUGAGAGGUAUGAGUCACAUAGAAUGAGAGAAGGACUAGUUUAUUAUUCUUGAAAUAUUGUAAAACUGGAAUGGGUUGCAGGAUGGAGGUGCAUCACACAUGCGUGUCAUCAUGGCCAUUGAAUAAAUAUGAUUAAUUGAUGUUCA